UUUCUUUUUCUUUUUUUCCUUUACUAAACUAAACUCAUCGCCUCUUCGCUCUCUUCAUUCUUUUCCCAUAUAUAAACUCCAAAUCUCAACCACGAACACUUCAUUCCCGCACUCUCACUUUUCUCUCUUUACCUUUCGUUCCUAAACCAAACCCUAACACUCUUCUCUCUCCAAUUUCCUUCACUACACUUCUCACUGUUCUUCAUCAAUCUCAGAUCUAUUCUUAAUUACUCGAUUCAUGUCUCUUUAAGGCGUUGAUUGAAUACGAAUCUGGAGUGAAUUUCAGUGAAUUCGUGUUUGGCAUUGAUUUAUUCGUGCAUGCUGUGCGGUAGUUUUGAUUUUCUGUUAGUUAAUAGGUGAUUUGAAUUUGAAUUCUCAGAGGCUCUGUUAUUUGGUUUUGAUGGGCGAAGAAGCGGUUUGUGUGCAAGAAUUGGUAGAUGGAAAGACGGAAAAUACGGAUGAAUCAAGGUUGGAAUUGAAACGUGAUUAUAACCAAUGUGUUGCUGAUACUGAAGCAAAUGUUCCACCCAAUAAAAAACAAGCUAAAGAAGUUUCAAACGAUGAACUGCGAUCGGAAGUUACAAAUCCAAAUGUUUCUGCAACAGAACAUGCACAAACCUUUCAUGAUAUCAGUAGCCAACCGACGGAAUCUGAGAAUGUUAGCCAUGCAGAGUGUGGGGAACUGACGUCUACUGGUUUGGAGAAUUCUAGUUCUCAUGAUACCGUGAGUGAUGAAGCUGGUGUUCGGAAUAAUGAUAGUGAUAAUAUUAAUAAUCUGUGUCAGAAUGAUAAAGGUACGAGUAGUAACGAUGCAGUGUCCCGUGUUGUGAUGGAAAUCCCGAAGCAUGCUAGUUCAACCGGUAUUCGAAAGAUUACUUUUAAGUUCAGUAAAAGGAAGGAGGAUUAUGAUGAUUACCAAACACCUACUGGCUAUACCGAUGGCAGUGGCAGUGACUAUGGAUUUGGCUAUGGGAAUGGCAGUGGAUAUGGCUACGGAUACGGUUAUCAUGGGGAUGAUGAAUAUUUGGCAAAUGAUGAUUAUAAUAAUAAUGGAUUGGUAGAGAGCUCGUAUGGCAGGGGAUAUGUUCCUUAUGAAGAUUCGGAGUUGUAUUCUGGCAAUAUGGAAUUGAAAAUGUCAAAGAAAGUAGUUCCCAACGCCUUCCCCAAUAAUGUGAAAAAACUAUUAUCAACCGGUAUCCUUGAUGGAGCUGCAGUGAAAUAUAUUUACAACCCUGGAAAGGUCGAGCUUGAUGGGAUUAUUGGUGAUGGUGGAUAUCUGUGUGGCUGUUCAAUGUGCAGUUACUCUAGAGUGCUCAGUGCCUAUGAGUUUGAGCAGCAUGCUGGUGCUAAGACCAGACAUCCAAAUAAUCACAUAUUCCUAGAAAAUGGAAAACCAAUUUAUAGCAUUAUACAUGAAAUAAAAACUGCCACAAACAGCACGCCAGACGAGGUUAUAAAGAAUGUGGCUGGUUCAUCUAUCAAUGAGGGAUCCUUCCAGGUUUGGAAAGAAAGUCUCCUACAAAGCAACAAGAAGGUUCCAACUCAAAAAAAAUACAGCACAAAGUCUACUGGCAUUCCUCAUACAUACAACAGUCAAUCUAUAGAAAGUGCGAGCUCCUUCUCAUCUUUGCGUGUGCGAAAUCAUUUUGAGCAGCAAAUGUAUGUGAACCAGACAGCUGAUGAGUGGAAACGUGUCGUAAAGAAACCAAGCACCUACACUUACUACUCAGGUAUACCGCAGAAGAGAAGUGCUGAUGGUUGCACUAAGAAAAGGGACAACGAUUUGCACAGGUUACUUUUUAUGCCUAAUGGCCUACCAGAUGGUGCCGAGUUGGCUUACUAUGUAAAAGGACAGAAAUUACUUGGAGGUUACAAACAAGGAAAUGGUAUAGUCUGUGGUUGUUGUGAUAUAGAGAUAAGCCCUUCGCAGUUUGAAGCCCAUGCUGGAAUGGCGGCUAGACGUCAACCUUACCGCCACAUAUAUGCUUCCAAUGGAUUGACACUUCAUGAUAUAGCUCUCUCUUUAGCAAAUGGUCAAAACCUUACUACGGGAGAUAGUGACGAUAUGUGUGCAGUAUGUGGAGAUGGAGGAGAUUUGAUUCUUUGCAAUGGAUGUCCUAGGGCUUUUCAUGCAGCCUGCUUGGGUUUACACAGUGUACCAGAGAGUGGUUGGCAUUGUUUAAAUUGUGAAGAUAAUACCGGUGAUGAAAGAGGUGCGAGGCCAAUCAUGAUACGGUUGACACGGGUUGAUAAAGAACCAGAAUAUGAAGUGGGUGGAUGCGUUGUUUGCAGGGCAAAUGAUUUCAGUGUUGAUAAAUUUGAUGACCGAACAGUAAUAAUUUGUGAUCAGUGUGAGAAGGAGUAUCAUGUUGGUUGCUUGCGGGACAUUGGGCUAUGUGAGUUGGAAGAGCUUCCCAAGGAUAAGUGGUUUUGUUGCGACGACUGCAAUCGAAUAUAUGUGGCUUUGCAGAACUCAGUUUCUGCUGGAGCAGAUACCAUACCAUCUUCCUUGUCGGAACUAAUAAUCAGGAAGCAUGAGGACAGGGGAUUAUGUACGUAUGGAGACAUGAAUGAUAUCCAAUGGAGAAUUUUAAGUGGGAAAAGUCGUUAUGCAGAGCAUUUACCGUUACUUUCACGAGCUGCUGCAAUUUUUCGAGAGUGCUUUGAUCCCAUCGUUGCAAUAUCUGGCCGUGACCUGAUUCCUGUUAUGGUAUAUGGGCGAAAUAUUUCUGGCCAAGAAUUCGGGGGAAUGUAUUGCAUCGUUUUAAUUGUGAAUUCUAUUGUAGUAUCUGCCGGGCUUCUUAGGAUUUUUGGCCGCAAUAUUGCUGAGCUUCCCCUGGUAGCUACAAGUAGAGAGCAUCAAGGAAAAGGUUAUUUUCAAGCGCUGUUCUCUUGCAUAGAGAGGUUGUUGUCUUCUCUAAAUGUAGAAAAGCUGGUGCUCCCUGCUGCAGGGGAUGCAGAGUCCAUUUGGACUAAGAAAUUAGGCUUUCACAAGAUGAGUGAAGAUCAGUUAACCAAACAUCUUAAAGAGGUGCAGCUCACCCUCUUCAACAAAACAUCAGUGCUGGAAAAGAUGGUGCAGGCGACAGAAUGAUGUUUUAUUUGGUGUUGUAUUUAAAUUUUGGUUAUCUAAUCAUUUUUUAGCAUUUCCCUCACUGUAACAUUACUUCUAUGUUCUUGCUCUUGGCUCUAUUAUUUUUCCUUUUCCUAUAUUUUUUUGGAGUUUGGGUGAUUGUGGCAGCCUUGUAUAAUGUAGGACAAAAGAGUAAGUUUUGAAAAUGGGGAACGUGGCCUAAAAUGCUAGAAGUAGAGGAUUUGAGAGAGCAUGCUCGCCAAUUUUUUUUAUUAGCAUGCAUGUCCGCUAUAGAAUUUUACUGUAUUUUUUUUUUAAAGAUUGUAUGCAUCAUGUUGAUUUGACUUCCAUGAUUCUUGGCUCUUUUUGGAACUUCAAACAAUGAUGAAUUAUAGUAAAAUAUUGUUGUACAUUUUACGGCACUUCAAACAA